AACUUUUUAACUUUCUUUUUAUUUGUUACUAAAGCAUUUCUAACGAAUACAUGCGACAUUAUCGGAAAAGAGUUUUUAAGUGGCAAUCUUUACAAUAUGGUUCAUAUUUUAAUCAUCUAGAAUAAACCUUUCAGUUCUGUUUUGCACCUAUGACUCGCUAUUCUUCCCAUUAAAGGGUCGCGAUCGAUUAAUAAUUUGAGGUCUCUCAUUAGGCCAACACUUUCAUUUUUCAAUUUAUUCUGCAGCUUUCACGUUAAAAAACCACAAACACUCACACUAAAAGAAUGGACGAGGAACGGGAACUUCUUCUCGGUAGCAGCCAAAAUCAACCGAAGCAGACGACAUACGUAGCCAUCAGCCACACUUCAGACGUGAGUGUUGAUGGAGGAAGUGAAGAGCUCUACCCGAAGUCGAAUGAACACGACUUAAGACGAUCUGUGAGCAUGGGUGACAUUAUAGAGCCGAUCAGUCUGUCGUGGAAGAAUGUAAACGUAUUUGUGGAAAUAAACAAAAACAAAUGGUGUCGCCGGAAAAAGAGUGGUGGUAUAGAGAGUAAACAGCUUCUUCGAAAUGUGAAUGGUCUUGUGAAGCCGGGGACGCUGCUUGCUAUCAUAGGAGCCAGCGGGGCAGGCAAAUCGACCCUUAUGAAUGUGCUGACUGGACGAAACACCUCCCAGUACACCAUCCGCGGCGACAUUCAGGUGAACGGGAUAACCGUGGGCAGAGGCAUCAAAAACAUCUCGGCGUACGUACAGCAGGACGAACUGUUCAUUGCCAACCUGACAGUGAAGGAAACACUGGUUUUCAGAGCAUUACUUCGAAUGGACAAAUGUCUAAAUAAGCAGGCAAGACUAGCACGAGUUGAUGAAGUUAUCAAGGAGAUGGGACUUCAAAAAUGUGAAAAUACAAAGGUUGGAAGUCCAAGUGGAAGGAAAGGUAUAUCUGGAGGUGAAAUGAAGAGGUUGUCGUUCGCCUGUGAGAUGCUGACCAACCCGCCUCUGAUGUUCUGUGACGAGCCGACGUCUGGUUUAGACUCGUUCAUGGCUCAGAACAUCGUGCAGACGUUGAAGGAGACGACCCAGAAGGGGAGGACGAUUCUGUGUACGAUUCACCAGCCGUCCUCCGAGGUGUUCGCCCUAUUUGAUCAUGUGUUACUUUUAGCAGAAGGUCGGACGGCAUUCAUGGGAACUGCUAAAAAUGCAUUCGCCUUUUUCAAUGGGUUAAACUACCCAUGUCCAGUGAACUUCAACCCUGCUGACUUUUACGUUCUGACGUUGGCUAUAGUCCCAGGAAACGAAAGCGAAUGCAGGGAAACUGUGGAGAAAAUAUGCGAUGCCUUCGAUCAAAGUGCUGAAAUGACGUCGAUAGCUCACGACACAGCAACACUGAGUGAACAAAGUAGCAACCUAACGCAUUCUGUGCUGUUUGAGGAUGCAUUUGAUGAACAGCACAACAGAUACAAAACCUCAUGGAUCAAGCAGUUCAGGACCGUUAUCUGGAGAAGUUGGAUUUCCCUUGUCAGAGAUGAUCUUCUCUUCAAAGUUCGAGGCGGGCAGACAUUGGUUCUCAGUGUGAUCCUGGGACUGGUGUACCUUCAGCAGGACUACGACAUGAUCGGAGUGAGAAACAUUAACGGCGCACUGUUUCUGAUGAUCACCAACCAGUCAUUCACUAGUCUGUUCGCAGUGCUCAAUACGUUCCCUAUAGAGAUAGCCGUUUUCCUUCGAGAGUACGGAAGUGGGCUAUACAGAGUGGAUGUAUACUACAUCGCCAAAGUUUUAGCAGAGUUUCCAAGUUUUACCAUUUUUCCGAUUUUAUUCAGCUGUAUAAUUUACUGGAUGGUUGGUUUAUACAACUCUGUGACUGCGUUCUUGAUGUACACCGGCGUUCUUAUACUGGUAGCGAAUACAGCGGGAGGAUUCGGUUACUUGGUAUCAUCGCUCGCACGGUCCGUCAAUGUAGCUUUGUCGGUGGCGCCCCCUAUAAUGAUUCCUUUCAUGCUCUUUGGAGGUUUUUUUGUCACAGAUGAUUCCAUUCCAGUGUAUUUUAUAUGGCUGAAAUUCGUAUCCUGGUUCAAGUACGCCAACGAGCUUCUCAUCAUUAUACAGUGGGAGGACGUUACACAUAUAGAUUGCCACAAAAAUGCCACAUCAGGUAAAGGGUGUUUUCAAAAUGGAACUGGUGUUAUAGAAGACAUGCAAUACAGCAAGGACAACCUGUAUUUCGAUGUGGGGAUGAUGUUCACUCUUCUGGCCGUCUUCCACAUUUUCACAUUUAUCUUUGUAUUGAUACGUGCCCGGAGAUCAAAGUCUUGAACAGCACAACGGAACCGGCAACACAUGUGAUCAUUUGUCUCUUUGUUCAAUUAACCAGUGUUUUCUGGGAAUGGAAAACAAAAUGUUUAUCUGAUAAUAUUACUCAGUGAAAUUGUAGUUUCUAGCUGAAAGGUGCGUAUGACAACAUGACUUAUACAUCUUAAUAAUUUCCGUUUGUCUCUUUGUUCAAUUAACUUGGCACACACCCACAGUGUUUUCUGGGAAUCGAAAACGAAUUUUAUUUAGUAAUUAUACUCCGUGACAUUGUAGUUUUAAACUGAAAGGUACUAAUGACAGCAUGAAUUAUAUAUUUAAUAAUUUUUGGAUUAUGGGCCGAAUUUACUUUGUCCGUUUUUUGUAAGACAUAAACAAGCUUUAUAAAUUCGGAUCUAAAUGUCCACUAUGUCCACAAUUUUGUUUUUAAGUUUAUUAGAAAUUCUUUUGAUGGUAAUCCACACAUUAAGCGUGUGACAAUCAUAGAUCCAUAUUUUCAUCAAUAGUUAUUUCAUGUCUACGAAAUAGCUUCCGUUUUGAUAGAUAUAACAAUAUCAUGUCGAGUUGACUCAUUGCUUUCUUCUUCUUCUUUUUUAACACACUCGUUAAUGAGAACAUCAUUCGUUAUUUAUAACACACAUACGUGUAAUAUAGACUUAAAGACAUACGAUUAGCUGUUCUUAGGCGAUGUUCCGGUCGCCACAGCCAUACCAUCCAACCAAAGAGGCACAAUAGAAACUGAUAGCUUUGUGACGUAUGUAAGUUAGCCUGAAACUGAUUGCUUUGUGAGGCAUAAGCACAGGCGCCAUAAAUAAGUUAUAGUUGAAAAAAAACCGUGUACAUUUUUUUUUUUUAAUGUGAGUUUUGAGGAUAUGUAAGAUACAGAAUACUACAUUCGCUACGUUUUAAAACAACAGUCAAGACUUGUCUAACUGCCACCUGUAUAUAACAGCCACCUGUCCAUAAUGGUCUCCAUAACUCCCGCCCAAUGCAUUCCUUUCUUUAUUUUAUCUGUAUAUAACAGCCACCUGUAAAAUGCGGCCAGUGGUCACUAUUAUUUUUUUACCAAAAUGAAUUGUUGAACCUACUAUAACGACCCCAAAAUAUAUUGACAACUAUUUUUCGGGGUUCAGUCGACAGUUGAACUUGCCACAUCGGUCACAACACACACACACAAACACAAACACAAACACAAACACACACACACACACACACACACACACACACACACACACUCAUGUAUAAUUGGUCUGUUAUAUCCCAUGCACAAUAUAAAGUCACUGUUUUUCUUAGUAGAAACAAAACAGGUACAUGAUCCAGUGCACCUUCUGUAUAAAUGUUUUCUUACCUGCAACCACUUGCAUCUCGUGGACUAAUUUAAUAAAGUAACAGAAUGCCAUGGGAAGCAAUCAAAGAUGAAUCACGUUUUCAAAAGGUGAAUAAUAGAGUGACUUUCAACAAAACGUGUUCAAUUUAUACUUUAAGUAGUUAAAAAUAUUUUUAAAAUGUCUUAUUUUAUUAUUUGUGUGUGUGUGAAGACUGUUGAUUCUUUUAUGCAUUCCAAUUUAGUGUAAGUUUUCAUUGUAAACUAUUUUAUGUGUUUUUAUUUACCUGUAUAUAACAAAUUAAAUAGUCACCUGUCCAAAACGGCCAUUUUGCCAGGUCCUAUGAGAGGCCGUUCUGUACAGGUUCGUCUGUAGUUGUAAGAUGAAUGGUAUCUAUCGGAAAUUCAUGUACUGUUUAUACCAGAUGACCACAUCAUUACAAUUUCGAUAUUAUCGAGUUUAUUAUGCACAGACUACGUGUGGGAUAGAUUAAUUUGCAGUUUAUCUACAGUCCGCAGGGUCUAUUUGAAAGUGGGGGAGGGAGCACUAUCAGUCCGAUGGUCCGGGGGAUGGAAAUUUGAGGGGCCGAACCUGUUAGGGGAGGGGUUGGCGGCAGGCUCCCCUGAGAAAAUAUAAUUUUUGGUUGUUGAAAUACACCCUUUUGAGCACAAUUAUAGGGAAGUGGGGUGGCGUAGUUCGCCCUGUUUCGCGGAGGCGGAUUUAUUACAAAUAAAUGUAAAAGUAGCGAAAUACGUUACUUGCAUCUCAGAUAAUGCACCUUUCUUUGUAGCUCGAGUCCCCUCAAGCCCUUCCCUUAUUGAUACUGAUAUGUCAUCAAUAAGGGGAGGGAUGGAUGGGACUCGAGCUACUUUCUUUGAUGCACUUCAUGAUUAUCAGCAUCAGUACGACAACUACUCCACAAUUCAGCAGUAACAAAGGGCCUUUGUUGCAAGUGACUGGAAUGUGAACGCGAUGGAAGUAAUUUAGUGGCUGAUUGGGGCCGCUUAGCUCUAUGCAAAUAAAGGGCAGAUAAGUAUGUUUCUAAUAGAGGCUAUACUAGUAGCUAAUGAUGGGAAUCGGUUGGAAUUUCAUCAUCGAUCAUCGGUUAUAAUCGGUUGGUACCAACCGAUCAACUUUCGAUUACACAAUCGGUUAGAAUUAUGUGAACAUAAAAAGGAUUUCCAUUACCUGUACAAGCAGCAUGCAUCUGUUGUUGUGUUUCCCGGAUCUAGGCUUUACAAUUAUCUAUUUCAACCAUAAGAGAGUCCUCAAAUUUGGGCAAAAACGAUAGAGAUAUUCGGGCAAAAUUAGCUGUACUGAAAUCUUUUCACCGUUUUCAUUAUUCUACCCACAAUGUUAGUUCUAAUCCAUGUACAAAUGGGUAGUGAUUCGUUAUAACUUUUUUGGCAGUAAUGCUAAUAUUAAGAUUACCUCCCCCCCCCCCCCCCCACCCA